AUGGAUUCAGAUGAAGAAUGGUUUGAAACGAUCAAUUCUCGUGAACCGUACAUUGUUCGCCCAAGAAGCAAUCUCCGAUCUCCAUUGUACCCAUCGGCGACUACGAGGGAAGAUGUUUUGAUUAAGGAUGGUCCGUUAACUGGUUUUGAUCAUCUUUCGAAUAUACGAAACUAUAUCUGGAAUCGCAACACACGACGAUUCUGUGCACGCGACGGUCUUGAAUGGGCGAAACUCGGAUGUUUCUAUUCGAUAUUUUUCUUCGUCUUAGGUGUCAUUUUUUCGGCUUUCGUCAUUGUUUAUAUUCUACUACUUGAUAAGAAAACGCCUAGAAGACUUGGUAAUGAAAGUGCACUAGCAUUCGAUAAUGGGAUCAAUCCAGGACUCGGUUUUCGACCACAGUAUUAUAUGGAUCGUUCGCUAAUUCAAUGGCGUACUUCUCGUAAGACCGGACACCAAUCAUUCAUUCAGAUGGUUGACAAUGUUCACCAAUGGGUUCUUGGUUAUGGGCUUAAAGAUCAGUAUCAUCAGCAGAUGAUCGAUUGCGCUGGUUUACCACGCGAUGUGCUGAUAAAUUACUUUCGUCAAGGUCUUUCCUGUAUAUUUUUCUUUACUGAUGUUAAGCCUGGUCCGAAUCCAUGUUCAAAGCCGAAAAAUUAUGGUUAUAACAAAGGUCGACCGUGCGUAGUUAUCAAAUUGAACCGUGUCUUUGGAUGGGUGCCAGAACCUUAUCAAUCAAAAGACGAAGUUCCAUUGGAAAUUCGCGAUCUCUGGCAACCGGUUAUGAAAGAUUACGUUUUAAUCAAAUGCUUCGGACAAUAUCCAACUGAUCAAGAUUUAAUUCAUCAAAUCGAUCAUAUUUCCAUCUUAGGUAAUAAAGCCAUUGGUGGCAUUCCAUUAUAUUACUAUCCGUUCUUAAAUCAACCUGGUUAUCGGCAGCCUUACAUAUGGGCACAAUUUAUUAAAGUGGAGUCGAACGUUCUGUUGAAUAUUAUCUGUCGAGCGUACGCAAGAAAUAUUCGUCAGAGCACCAGUAUUGAAGAUAUGACGGGCGCCGUACAUUUCGAAUUGUGGUUUCAAUAA